UGUCCCGGGGCGCGGGGUCCGGUCCCCGCCGCGGGCUGCGGGCUGCGGGCUCUUGCGGGAUGACGCUGCCGGGGGGCCCGACGGGCAUGGCGCGGCCGGGUGGCGCGGGGCCCUGCAGCCCCGGCCUGGAGCGCGCCCCGCGCCGGAGCGUAAGGGAGCUGCGCCUGCUGUUCGAGGCGCGCUGUGCCGCGGCGGCGGCGGCGGCCGCAGCGGGACAGCCCCGGGCCCACGGGGACAAGCGGCGCGGGGGCCGGGUCCCCAACGGGCUGCCGCGGGCGCCGCCGCCGAUCCCGGAGCUGACGGUGACGGCUGAGCCCGACGCCCCGCCGGCCAGCCCGGGGCCCGGGAGCGCGGAGGCCGCCUCGCACCUGCAGCAGCCGCGCCGCCCGUCCACCUCGUCUCUGUCGUCCACCGGCUCGUCGCUGCCCGAGGACUCGGAGGACGACCUGCUGAGCGACAGCGAGGGCCGGAGCCGCGGCAACGUGCAGCUGGAGGCGGGCGAGGACGCGGGCCAGAAAAGCCACUGGCAGAAGAUCCGGACCAUGGUGAAUAUGCCCGUCAUGAGCCCUUUCAAGAGGCGCUACUCCUGGGUGCAGCUGGCGGGGCACACAGGCAGCUUCAAGGCGGCGGGUGCCCGCGGGCUGAUCCUGAAGCGCAGCUCGGAGCCGGAGCGCUCCUGCCUGGCGCGCCUCAUGGCGGACGCGCUGCGCGGCUGCGUGCCCACCUUCCACGGCGAGGUGGAGCGCGACGGCGAGAGCUACCUGCAGCUGCAGGACCUGCUGCACGGCUUCGACGGGCCCUGCGUGCUGGACUGCAAGAUGGGCGUCAGGACCUACCUGGAGGAGGAGCUGACCAAGGCCCGCGAGCGGCCCAAGCUGCGCAAGGACAUGUACAAGAAGAUGCUGGCGGUGGACCCCGCAGCGCCCACCGAGGAGGAACACGCGCAGCGCGCUGUCACCAAGCCGCGCUACAUGCAGUGGAGGGAGGGCAUCAGCUCCAGCACGACGCUCGGCUUCCGCAUCGAGGGCAUCAAGAAAGCCGAUGGCUCCUGCAGCACGGACUUCAAGACCACACGGAGCCGGGAGCAAGUGCUUCAUGUCUUCCAGGAGUUUGUGGAAGGAGACGCAGAAGUGUUGAGGAGGUAUUUGAACCGCCUGCAGCAUAUUCGGGACACCCUGGAAGUCUCAGAAUUCUUCAGGAAGCAUGAGGUCAUUGGCAGUUCGCUGCUCUUCGUGCACGACCACUGCCAUCGUGCUGGCAUAUGGCUCAUUGACUUCGGCAAGACCACGCCGCUCCCGGAUGGCCAGACCCUGGACCACCGCCGGCCCUGGGAGGAGGGCAACCAUGAGGAUGGCUACUUGCUGGGGCUGGACAAUCUUAUCGGCAUCCUGGCCAGCCUGGCUGAGAGAUGAGGCUGUGGCAGUGUGUGACACGGAUUGUGGCUGUGUCCCUAUGGUGCAUGUGGGAGAAAGGCUGGAAUGCUGAGGUGCAGGGCACUUCACAGGGCUCUUCAGGACUGGAUGCCAACUAUGGCCACACUGCUGUAUGGGCAGUGGUGGGUCCCAGCAUGCCCAGAGCCAGCAACACUAAUGUACAGGGGUUGGGUCGGGAAUGGGUUUCUUCCACAGUCUGCCCUCUUGAGGGGCAGCACCUCUCCAGAGAGGCCAGCUAUUGAACUUUAUUCAUUCCUAAGGCUCUCGCUCUACUGGUCUAACCUCACACUACAAGAGACUUCCCUCCCAAUAAAAUGCAAAAACACCAACCUUGGUGAACUCA